CGCAUCUAACACUUCCUCAUAUACAUGUGAGUAACAACACGGCCGUUAAUCACGGUUGCCACCUCUUUUGGGGAUGCAUUGAUAAAGAAGCCCAUGAUACUUUGGUGGUGGCGCUAAGGACCAGAUGUUUUGAAAUUUCAAGGAUAAUUCUUCAGGAAUGACGCGUACACAGUAAAGUCCUCUCGCGACCUCCAAAAAGUUCAAAAUGAGUAAACGAAAGACAGACAGCAAUACCAGGGAAAGUGACAUGGAUAGCGUGAGUGUGAUUUGUAAGGACUUUAAUUCCACAACCCAAACGAGCAUAAACACUAUAUCACCUAGAGUGAGUACAGAGACCUUAAAUUCAGACCAAACAAUCAAUGACUUGAACUCUGUUUGUGUCAAAAUCGAGACUGAUGAAUUGUGUAAUAUGGCAACAGAUUUUUAUUCUGUGUGUGCCGAACGAGAACAGGUUUUAUUUGAAAACAGACAUCCAGAUUGCAAGAAACAAGAUGGUUUCAAUUUAAUACAUGAACAAACAGGAUCACAAUGUUUACAGUUGGAUCAAGAUAACACCAAACAAUAUGGCCUCACCUCUGAAUGUGUGAAAUCAGAACAGGCAGAAUGUGAAGUUAUGCAUCAAGAUGUAAUCAGACAAGCUUGCUUCAAUUCUGUAUGUGUGAACAAAAUCACGACUGACAAUUCAAAUGCAUAUACAGCACAAGAUGAGCACCAUUCUGUGUGCUGGAAAACACACCAGUCUCUUAAUCCAAAUACAGACCAGAGGUAUAUAACAACAAGUGACCUUAAUGCAGAUACGGAGAAUGGAAAUAUAGCAGCAAAUGAUAACAAUGCCUUAAGUGGUUAUACAUAUUCAAAAACAUCCAAGAAUCAAGCUAAAUUGGCUGACCUAAAUGCUGUAUUUCUGACAAGGGAAGAAAAUAACCUUUCAAAUAUAGACCAAUUUUGUGCUGGACAAACUGUGGUUGUGAAGAGAACAAAAAUUGACCAUUUCUCAAACCCUACUGUUGGAAGACAUUCAAGCGUCGAAAAAGAUGACUCAGAGAUAUGCAUUGAAAGAGACAAAAGGAAAAGCAAAAGCUGUCACUCAACCGAUUCGGCAUCAAAGAAAGUUCGAGGUCAAGGUUUGUCCAAAGGCGUAGUCCAGCCUAGGUGUGUUCCAGCAAGAGUGAAGGCUGUGACAUGGACUGUCCCACUUUCACUGGAACCAGCUAAGAUGAAAUUGGAAGAAAAGGGUGACCCAGUGAAGAAAGUUAAGAGAAUGAAGAAAGCCAAGACCCCAGAGAAAGACAAGACUGAGUACAGUCUUCAAGAGAGGAACCUAGCCAGCUACUGUGGAGAAUGCAAGAAGGAGUUUGCAGGGGACUGUCCUGUUCAUGGACCAUACAACGACAUACCGGACAAAGAGGUGUGUAGUAAAGCAUUUAAACGGAGUGGUGACUUUGAGAAACACAUGAGGAUACAUACAGAAGAGGGACCGUACAAGUGUGAGGAGUGCGGCUAUUCAUGUAAAUUUAGAAGUCACUUAAAGAUGCACAUGACAAUACACACAGGAGAGAGACCAUACAAGUGUAAGGAGUGCAGUUAUUCAUGUAAACUUAGAGGCCACUUGAAGAUACACAUGAGAAUACACACAGAAGAGAGACCGUACAAAUGUGAGGUGUGUAGUAAAGCAUUUAAUCAGAGUGGUGGCUUGAAGACACACAUGAUGAUACAUACAGGAGAGAGACCGUACAAGUGUGAGGUGUGUAGUAAAGCAUUUAAUCAGAGAGGUGGCUUGAAGACACACAUGAUGAUACAUACAGAAAAGAGACCAUGCAAGUGUGAUGUGUGUGGUUAUGCAUCUAACCAUAGUGGUCAUUUUAAGACACACAUGAUGAUGCAUACAAGAGAGAAACCGUACAAAUGUGAGGUGUGUGGUUAUGCCUGUAACCAGAGUUGUCAUUUGAAGAGACACAUGCCAAUUCAUGCAGGAACGACACAAUACAAGUAUGAGGAGUCACUCAAGGGUGUAGUUAUUCAUGUAACCAGAGUGGUCACUUGAAGAGACAUAUGACAAAAAUACAGGAGAGAGACAGUACAAGUGUGAAGAGUGUAGUUAUGCAUGUAACCAGAGUGGUCACUUGAAGACACAUACGAUUAUACAUUCAGGAGAGAGACUGUACAAGUGUAAAGUGUGUGGUUGUGCAUGUAACCAGUGUGGUCACUUGAAAAGACACACAUUAGAUAUAUACAAAUGAGAGAAUUUUCAAGUGUGAGGUGUGCAUUUAUGCAUGUAAAGUUAGUGGUGACUUGGAGAGACACAUGAUGUUACAUACAGAGGAAACACUUGAAAAGUGUGAGAUGUGUGCUUAUGCAUGUAACGAGAGAAGUGACACACAUGUGUGAUGUGUUGUUCAAGUGGUCACUUGAAGAAACACAUGAGGAUACAUACAUGAGAGAACAAGUGCAGUGCUCCACCUAAGCCUGAAUAGAAGGGCGCUCAGCCAUUCCGUUCUGAAGCCCCGCCAUGCCGUUCCAAGAUUCCGCCCUUCCCUUUUAAUAUGUCCUUUAGCAAUUGAGUACGUUGUGUGUAUCAUUUGAAACAUUUAUUAAAAUUAUAGACAAAUUUGCA